GGGAGGUACUGAGUGCUACCAAAUUAACAAAUCAAUCAUCCAGGGAGAGAUGUGGAGGCUAAAGAUCGCGGAGGGCAGCGGCAACCCACUGCUGCGCACCACCAACGGCCACGUCGGCCGGCAGGUAUGGGAGUUCGAUCCUGCCGCGGAUGACCCCGACGAGGUCGCCGCCGUUGAUGCCGCCCGCCGCGACUUCACCAGCCGCCGGCACCAGAUGAAGAACAGCUCCGACCUCCUCAUGCGCAUGCAGCUCUCUAAGUCAAACAAUCUCAAGAUGAACCUUCCUCCCAUCAAGCUGGAACAACAUGGGUAUCACACAGAAGAAGACGAUGUCUUGAUAUCUUUGAGGAGGGCAAUCAACCGAUGUUCCACUCUCCAGGCACAUGAUGGCCAUUGGCCGGGGGAUUACGCUGGCACUUUAUUUCUCUUGCCCAGCUUGAUUGUAGCACUGCAUGUGACUGGAGCACUAACUACUGUGUUGACAUCUGAACAUCAGAAAGAGAUUCGGCGGUAUCUCUACAAUCAUCAGAAUGAAGACGGGGGUUGGGGACUGCAUAUCGAGGGAACAAGCACAAUGUUCUGUACUGUCAUGAACUAUGUUGCUUUGAGAUUGCUUGGGGAGGGGCUGGAUUCAUGCGGAGCCAUGCUACAAGCUCGGAGUUGGAUCUUGGAUCAUGGAGGAGCAACUUUAACACCAUCGUGGGGAAAAUUCUUUCUUUCGGUCCUUGGGGUAUAUGACUGGUCCGGGAACAACCCAUUGCCACCAGAACUAUGGAUGAUGCCUUAUUUCUUGCCUAUUCAUCCAGGGCGCAUGUGGUGUAAUUGUCGGUUGGUAUAUUUGCCCAUGUCAUACCUAUACGGGAAGAGGUUUGUGGGUGCUACUACAUCGAUUGUACUAGACUUGAGGAAAGAGCUCUACAAUGUCCCGUAUAAUGAGAUUGACUGGGACAAGGCUCGCAAUGGGUGUGCAAAGGAAGAUCUCUAUUAUCCCCAUUCACCACUACAGAAUAUUGUAUGGGCCACUCUCAAGAAAAUUGGUGAACCGGUUCUUAUGCACUGGCCUGGCAGCAAUUUGCGAAAGAAAGCUCUGGACAUUGUCAUGAAACAUAUAAAGUAUGAGGAUGAAACAACUCAAUAUAUAUGCAUUGCUCCUCUCAAUAAGAUGUUGAAUAUGAUUUGUUGCUGGGUAGAAGAUCCAAAGUCAGAGGCAUUCAAACUCCAUAUUGAAAGAGUAUAUGAUUUCUUAUGGGUUGCAGAAGACGGCAUGAAGAUGAAGUCUUACAAUGGCAGCCAGCUAUGGGAUACAGCUUUGACAGUUCAGGCUAUAUUUGCUACCGGCCUCACAAAAGAGUUUGGCCAUACAAUUAAAGUCGCUCAUGACUAUAUCAAACAUUCCCAGAUUCGUGCGGACUGCCCUGGAGACCAAAGCAAGUGGUAUCGCCAUCUAUCAAAAGGUGGAUGGACACAUUCAACUGCUGACCAAGGGUGGCCUGUAUCAGAUUGUACUGCAGAAGCAUUUAAGGUUUUGUUGUUGUUAACUAAGGUUCCUGAACUGGUUGAUGAGCCUAUAGAAACAAGCAGACUUGAUGAUGCAGUCAACAUUCUACUGUCUUUGAUGAAUGACGAUGGCAGUUUUGGUGCAUAUGAGCUAACAAGAUCUUAUGAAUGGCUUGAGUUGUUGAAUCCUUCUGAGAGCUUUGGCGGCAUAAUGAUCGAGUAUCCGUAUGUUGAGUGUACAUCAUCAGUAAUUCAGGGUCUGGUGUUAUUUAGAGAAAUGUACCCCAAACACAUUCGCUUGGAAGAGAUAGACAGUUGUAUCCAAAAGGCUGCAGACUACAUUGAGAGCAUCCAAUGGAGUGAUGGAUCAUGGUAUGGUUGUUGGGCUAUCUGUUUCACAUAUGGUACUUGGUUUGGGGUGAGAGGAUUGGUUGCUGCAGGGAGGACGUAUGUAAAUAGCCUAGCAAUCAGAAAAGCGUGUGAAUUUCUUUUGUCCAAGGAGCUUCUCCCAUCUGGAGGGUGGGGAGAAAGUUACCUUUCCAGUCAAGACAAGGUUUACACCAAUCUUGAAGGAAACAGGGCUCAUGCAGUUAACACUAGUUGGGCCAUGUUGGCCCUAAUUGAUGCCGGGCAGGGUCAAAGAGAUCCUGCAUGUCUACAUAGAGCAGCCAAGAUUCUGAUGAACUUCCAAUCAGAGGAUGGAGAGUUCCCUCAGCAAGACAUUAUUGGAGCUACCAACCACAACCUUAUGCUCACUUAUGCCCAGUUCAGGAACAUAUUCCCUAUCUGGGCUCUUGGAGAGUACUACCAGAGAGUGCUUCCGGUAGCUUAAAGGAAACCAUCGUUAUGUAUAUAUAGUGGUUGGGAAUUACAUACUUCUUUGUGCUCUCCAUCUCAGCUAGAGAUGGGCAUAAAUAUAUUGUAGUGAAUGGUGGUUUUUUUACUUGUAUCUAGUGUUAUUGGUUUUAGGAGCAUCAACCUUCUUUCCAGAAGAGUUUUAGUGUUACUGACCAUACAUGUGCUAACAUAUGCACUACCAGUAUGAGCUAUGUGAUCAAAAUGAAUGUACAUGAUCACAUCAAUCACAACCAUUUAGAAGAUAAUUUCCGACAGAGAAUUGUUGGGAGGCUCUCUCUCGCCCCCGUCGCUCCCGCGAGCGGCGGCUGGCGAGCGCCCCUCUCCUCGCCCCCAGACCCCAUACUCGUUGUGAUCUCCUCGCCGCCGCCACAAGGCGCCCCCGGGCGAAGCCUGGCCCGCGACGGCGGCGGCGGGGAUUCCUUCCCUCCUCGCUCGGCGGUGGCGGCGCGGGAUGCACCAGCGUCCAGGGGCGUUGUGCUAUGUGCGGGGCGCAGCGGCGGGACUGCGCGGGGCGGCGCUGGUGGCGCAGGCUCGCUUCGGGGCCGCGGAGGCUGCUCGGCGGCCGGCUCAAGGCGCGACGGCGGCGCGCCAGAUCUGGCAUCGUGAGGUGCGGGCUGCGCGUGGAGCGCUGGAUUGGUGGCAGCGGCCACUGGUGGGGAAGGCGCCUCCUACCCUUCGGCGGGUGGUAGGCUCGGAUGCUGCGGUGUGCCGUGCCUGGUCGCGUGGGCGGCGGGCCGGCGGCGGGCGUGGAGCUGGUUCCAGGGGAUCCCCGUUUGCCCCUCAGAGCCGAUCUGAAGAUGGCGUUCCCUCCCCCUCGCUUCUCAUCUUGCCCUCCAGUCCUAGAUGCCGGCGACCUCCUUUUGCUGGAUCUGGUGGCUGGUGGUGCUAGGAGCACUGGUUCGGGGUAACCCCUUGGCCGGCGGCGGUGGCCACGGUGUGAGCGACGCUCCGGGCGUCGUCCCCUCUCUUGUAGGUGGCAUCGAGAUCCUGCUCCUGCACUCCACCAACAUACCCCGGGUGAAAGCCCAAAAUCUUUGGAUUGGGCGGUGACGGCGCACCGGCGUCGUUGUUCUUCUUGAAGGCGCCGCCUUGGGAUGGUGGAGGUGAUGGCUGGGGCUGCGACGUUGGUGCUGGGUCGUCAGUGUUCUUCAGUGAUGUUCCCGCUCGGCGGCUUGCAGUGGGCGUCAUGUUUCCUUCCAGCGAUGGUGGUGUGGUCUGGGUUGCAGCUCUGCGAGGGGUGGUCGCCAUGCUUGUGUCUUCUCCUUGGCAACCGGCUUGACCUGCUCAUGAGUGCUCAGGGGUGAGCGGCUCUGCCAGCCGACGGCGUAGCGUCCUCCGAUCCGGGACGAGAAGGCAGGGGGCCUUCUUUGGCGGUGAAGGGCAGAUCAGCAGUGUUGACCUCAUGGGAGUUGACGGAGUGUGUUCUUCUUCCAGCGUUUGUGUUGCUCCCUUGGCCUCAUCUCAUCAUGGCAGGAGCUGGAGCUCGCUGAAGGCUUCGAUGCUCAAGCUUGCUUGGUGCAUUCGAAUCUUGUUAGUUGUUCCGUAGUGUCUUGUAUCUUUGUCGUUUUGUUCUUUGUUUUUUGUUCUUUCGAUUGUACGCUGGAUGUUUGCUUGGUGGUUGCUUUAUAUAUAAAGCGGGGCGAAAGCCUUUUUCGGUAACCAUUUAGAACAGUCGUAUAUGGACCCUCAAUAUGUAAAUUUUCUCAACAUCAAUACAAGCCUCUUCCCCGUCCCCAUUUUUA